AUGACUGAUUUCCAAGACAGAGAACCUAGUAUCAUCAUUAAUGGUGAUAUGGAUAAUGAAGAAAUCAUUUAUGGUGAAGAAGAGAUCGCUGAAGUUGAAGAAGCAGUUGUUGAAGAAGAAAAACCAAGAAAGAAAGUUGCCUUCAGUGGUUUAGAUGAAGAAUCUGAUGAAGAAAAAAGAAAACGUGAAUUCGAAGAAGGAGGUGGUUUACCAGAACAACCAACGGACCCAGACUUUUCCAAGCUAAACCCAUUAUCUACAGAAAUUAUUAACAGACAAGCUACUAUUAACAUCGGUACCAUUGGUCAUGUCGCUCACGGUAAGUCUACUGUCGUUAGAGCAAUUUCUGGUGUUCAAACUGUUCGUUUCAAGGAUGAAUUAGAACGUAACAUUACUAUUAAAUUAGGUUAUGCUAAUGCAAAGAUAUAUAAAUGUCAAGAUCCUACUUGUCCAGAACCAGAUUGUUACAGAUCUUUCAAGUCCGAUAAGGAAAUCCAUCCAAAAUGUCAAAGACCAGGUUGCGAAGGUCGUUACGAACUAGUUCGUCAUGUUUCAUUUGUCGAUUGUCCAGGUCACGAUAUUUUAAUGAGUACUAUGUUGUCCGGUGCUGCUGUAAUGGACGCCGCUCUAUUAUUAAUUGCCGGUAAUGAAUCCUGUCCUCAACCACAAACUUCUGAACAUUUAGCUGCUAUUGAAAUUAUGAAGUUAAAGCAUGUUAUCAUUUUACAAAAUAAAGUUGAUUUAAUGAAAGAAGAAAAUGCUUUAGAACAUGAAAAAUCUAUCUUGAAGUUUAUUAGAGGUACUAUUGCCGACGGUGCCCCAAUUAUCCCUAUCUCUGCCCAAUUGAAAUAUAAUAUUGACGCCGUUAAUGAAUUUAUUGUAAAAACCAUCCCAGUUCCUCCAAGGGAUUUCAUGGUUUCUCCACGUUUGAUUGUUAUUCGUUCUUUCGAUGUCAACAAACCAGGUACUGAAAUUGAAGAUUUGAAUGGUGGUGUUGCUGGUGGUUCUAUCCUAAAUGGUGUCUUCAAAUUAGGUGAUGAAAUCGAAAUUAGACCAGGUAUCGUCACUAAGGAUGACAAAGGUAAAAUUCAAUGUAAGCCAAUUUUCUCCAACAUUGUUUCCUUAUUUGCUGAACAAAAUGACCUAAAGUUUGCGGUUCCAGGUGGUUUGAUCGGUGUUGGUACUAAGGUUGAUCCAACAUUAUGUAGAGCAGAUCGUUUAGUAGGUCAAGUUGUAGGUGCUAAGGGUCACUUACCAAAUAUUUAUACAGAUAUUGAAAUUAAUUAUUUCUUAUUACGUCGUUUAUUAGGUGUUAAGACUGAUGGUCAAAAACAAGCUAAGGUUAGAAAAUUAGAAUCUAACGAAGUUUUAAUGGUUAAUAUCGGUUCAACCGCUACAGGUGCCCGUGUAGUAGCUGUUAAAGCCGAUAUGGCCAGACUGCAAUUAACUUCCCCAGUUUGUACAGAAGUUAAUGAAAAGAUUGCUUUAUCUAGACGUAUUGAUAAGCAUUGGCGUCUAAUCGGUUGGGCCACUAUCAAGAAAGGUACAACUUUAGAACCAAUUGCUUAA